AUGCCCACGAAAGGAUGGCCUAGUAAGAUACACAGGGAUUUUGGAGAGUUCCCCAUGAACAUCUCAAAGUUGUUGAAUUUUGGGGAAACUGGGUGGAUGUGGAAAUUCUUGACUAUUUUUGUGAAAAAUAGUGUUGCCCUAGAGAGAGUUGUGGUUGAUCAUCGUCAUCGGGAUUGUCCAGAUAAUCGUCCCCUAUGUGGUUAUCUUCUGGGGGAAGAUCCUGAUUCUAAAUUCUUUUUAAGGAAGGGAUCCGGGCAUUUUUACCUGAACAUGUUGAAUUCGUAUUUAUUUAGGAGAGGAGAUGUCCCCAUAACAAUCAAUCUAGAUAGGAGGAUCAAUGUUGCUUGA